UUGCAUUACUUGCUCGGUGCUACACCAUUUUGUUGCACAGAGCUUAUCCAGACGAAGGACAUUCCCAAGGUUUUCCCACCAGCAGAGCAGCUGUUGUUCUUACAGCCUCGCCGCUCCUUGGUUGCAUCAUGUCAGCCGCAGCUCUCGGCCUGGCCUCGCGUGUGCCGUCUCUAACGACAGCACGUGUUUCUGCGAACACCCAGCCCUGCCGCGUUUCGUCCGCUCGUUUUUCGACGUCAAGUCGCCGGCUCGCUGCUGUCCCGUCAACCGUCCGUUCUUCGCGCUUCGCUCGCCGUCAGGCAGCGUUUCCGGUUCGAGCUGCAAAGACCGAGCAGACGGAGUCUGAAUCAGAGAGCUCUAUCCAAGAGCAGGCCAAGGCCAUUGCGGAAGACAAAUUCAACGACGCUAAGGCCCUAGCGACAGACACGUUCAAGGAUUUCACGGACAUUGUCGCACGUACCAACUUGGACGACAUGCAACCGAUCACGCGCAAUGAGGUGCUGGCGAUGGAGAAGGAGAUGGUCAUCGGAACGCACCGCGACAGAAUUAUCAAUCUCCUAUCAAGCCUUAUCGUGAACGAGUCGGACAAGGCGGAGUUUGACAAGCUCUGCACUCGAGUGGCGGCAGUCAUCCGCGCGUGGUACAACCUCAGAUUCGACCGCCUCAUGGAGCGCUACUCGUACUUUGACCCGGUGGGCGGCAAGCAGCGCGUGAAGAGCGAGAGGCUGAGCGAGGAGCAGGUGAACCGCAUGGAGGCGGAGGUGCUGCGGGAGGUGGUGGCGCUGCUGCAGAAGAGCAACUACAAGCCCAUCUCGCUGGAGGAGUACAAGAUCGCCACCAGCUGCAGCUACCUCAUCAACCUGCCCAUCGAUGUCAACAAGAAGAAGCUGGAUAGUGGGUUGUUUGAACGCUUCUACGAGAGUGGAGGCGUGGAUCUCAAGCCAGAGGAGCUACCCGACAACGGCAAGCACUAUCUGCUGUUCCGCCGUGGGGUGGGCGUUGACAAGACCACGGACCUGUUCAUUGACCCCAAGAUCGACGUGCUCAUCUCCCGCCUCUGGCUCUUUGCCCUCACACGCCUCGGUCUGAAGCAGCCAGAGGAGCCAGCCCCUAGAGAUACCAGCGUGACGCAGCUGGCACAGCAGCUGCAGGAGGAGGCGAAGAAGGCUAAGGUGGAGCGGGGCAGCGUGGACUCGAGUGACGAUGAGGACGCGGGGGAGAACGACCCCCUCGUCGCCAAGAGGAGGGAUGCUGCUGGGAAGAUUCACUACGAGCGUAUUCGGCUUGAGAACCUUCCUGUGAAGGAUCUCAUUGGCCUGACCACGAUUCAAGAACCCACGUUUGAGCGGGUCAUUGUCGUCUACAGGCCCACCUCAGGCAAGAAGGUGAAGCCGGGGAAGCUGGGCGACAGGACGAUUGAGUUCAAACAGUUCAAGAGCAUCCCCAUGGCGGAUAUCGAGAUGGUGCUGCCUGAGAAGAAGAACCCAGGGCUCACUCCCAAGGACACUGUCAACUACCUGGUCUCUGCCGUCGGAGGUCUGACCGCUCUCUUUCUCUCCUUCGAGCUCAAAAACUUUGACCUGGCUGUGGCCUACACCAUCUCCGCUGCUGUCUUCGCCUACUUCUCCAAGCUCUACUCUGCCUACCAGAGCAAGAUGGCGGCCUACAACCAAGCGAUGAUGAACGCCAUGUACGCCAAGCAGCUGGACAGCGGCAACGGCACGCUGCUCAACAUCUUCCACCAAGUCAUCGAGCAGGAGGUGAAGGAGGUUAUCAUAUCCUUCUACAUUCUGAUGACCCAAGGCAAGGCAACACUUCAGGAGCUGGACGAGCGCUGUGAGGACCUGAUGGCAUCUGAGUUCAGCGAACAGCUCGACUUUGACGUCGCGGAUGCCUGCAACAAGCUCACAGCUCUCGGCCUCGUCACUAAGGACUCUGCUGGUUUCUACUCCCCCGUGUCUCUCAAGCGAGCCAAUGAAAUGAUCGGCGUUACCACCGAAGAGAUCAUGACCAAGGUCGUCCCUGCAUAAGUCAGCCAUAACUGUUGCUCGCCGAGUCUACAUGGCAGCAAGAUUGGGGUUCCGAAUCGACUUGAGACACACCAGUCUACAUGGCUGAAUGAUUGGCGUUACCCGAGUCACCGAAGAGAUCAUGACCAACGUUGUCCCUGCAUAAGGCAGCCGUUUGAAGCAUCAUUCCACCACCCCCAUAUCACUGUCGACACAUUCCAAGUCCCUCACACCACUGUUGGCACGAUCCCAUAGCCACCACCGUUGGCACAUUUCAAAACCCUCACUCCACCACUGUUGGUUGCCAUGCACCGGUACUAAAUCUCUGGCUCCACCGUAAGAAGCACAAUCCACUAUCCGUACACCCCCUUUGUCACAUUCCACAACCCCUCGCACCACCGUUGGCCCACCCAAAUACCCUCACACCAAAAUUGCCCAACCUUUGCACCACUGUUGGCCCAUUCCAAUACCAUUCACCCUCAUCAGAAGUACAUUCCACACCCCUCGCACCACAGUUGGUUGCACAUUCCACCAUCCUGUCACCACUACUGUAUUAGUAGCAAGAAAUACGCCUUUUUGUGUGCCACUUGUGUGGUAGUGCUAACUCUGGUUUGAGCAGUUUUGCCCCCGUUUAUGUAGCAAGCAUUUGCUCUGUACUGAUAUGCAAGCUUGUUUAGUUGGAUGACUC